GCUGUGCCAGUCCCGGCAGGUCGCUCCGCUCGUUGGCACUCGGCUCUGGUGGCGGUGCCAGUGAAGCAGUGAAGACUCUCUCGACUCUCCGCUCGUUUCAUCAUGACUCGCUGAGCUCUGCGCUCUGAGCUCUGAGCUCUGUCUCCGUCUCCUCUCCGGAGCUCUAUCUAUCGCGCUAAUCACGGACUGUUAUUAUCCCUCUGCCUCUGGACCUCCACCUCAUCCACGGAGUCGAGGGAUGCUGGCGGAGCACCGGGAGAGCAGCAGGCCUGGCUUCGGCCUGAAGAAGCCUCUGAAGAUGAACAUGGUAAAGCGGAUCAUGGGGCGGCCGCGGCAGGAGGAGUGCAGCCCGCAGGACAAUGCGCUGGGCCUCAUGCACCUGCGCCGCCUCUUCUCCGAGCUGUGCCACCCGCCGCGCCACAUGACCCAGAAGGAGCAGGAGGAGAAGCUCUACAUGAUGCUGCCUGUCUUCAACCGGGUGUUUGGGAACGCGCCCCCGAGCACGAUGAAUGAAAAGUUUUCAGACCUGCUGCAGUUCACCACUCAGGUGUCCAGACUAAUGGUGACCGAAAUCAGACGACGAGCAUCCAAUAAAUCUACAGAGGCAGCAAGCAGAGCCAUUGUGCAGUUUUUGGAGGUGAAUCAGAGCGAGGAGGCGAGUCGUGGCUGGAUGCUCUUGACCACCAUCAACCUGCUGGCCUCUUCUGGACAGAAAACGGUGGACUGCAUGACCACCAUGUCUGUGCCCUCCACACUGGUGAAAUGCCUGUACCUGUUCUUUGACCUGCCUCACAUGCCUGAGGUUCCCGCUGCCACCCAGACAGAACUGCCCCUAGCUGACCGCCGAGCUCUGCUGCAGAAGGUUUUUGUUCAGAUCCUGGUGAAGCUGUGCAGUUUCGUGUCUCCAGCGGAGGAGCUGGCUCAGAAGGAUGACCUGCAGCUGCUCUUCAGUGCCAUCACCUCCUGGUGUCCUCCUCACAACCUGCCCUGGAGGAAGAGUGCCGGCGAGGUGCUCAUGACCAUCUCCAGACAUGGUCUCAGCGUCAACGUCGUCAAAUACAUCCACGAGAAGGAGUGUCUAUCAACAUGUAUCCAGAACAUGCAGCAGUCGGAUGACCUGUCUCCGCUGGAGAUAGUGGAAAUGUUUGCGGGGCUGUCCUGCUUUCUGAAAGACUCCAGCAAUGUGUCUCAGGCGCUGCUGGAUGACUUCCGCAUGUGCCAGGGUUACAACUUUCUGACCGACCUCAUGCUUAGGUUGGAGCAGGCCAAAGAGGAUGAAUCCAAAGACGCUCUGAAGGACCUGGUGAACCUGGUGACCUCCUUGACCACGUAUGGUGUGAGUGAGCUGAAACCAGCUGGUCUUACAACUGGAGCGCCCUUCCUCCUGCCUGGCUUUGUGGUCCCACAACCUUCUGGGAAAGGUCACACCGUUAGGAACAUCCAGGCCUUUUCUGUGCUUCAGAAUGCCUUUCUGAAGGCGAAGAGCGGCCGGCUAGCCCGCAUGGUGCUGGAGGCGAUCGCUAACAUCUACGCCGCCGACUACGCCAACUAUUUUAUUCUGGAGGCACAGCACACGCUCUCACAGUUCGCCGAGCGAGUAGCUCGGCUUCCGGAGGUCCAGGCCAAAUACUUUGAACUGCUGGAGUUUGUGGUCUUCGGGUUAAACUAUGUACCCUGCAAGGAGCUGUUCAGUGUUAGCGUUUUGCUAAAGUCCAGCACCUCCUACAGCUGCAGCAUCACGGCUACACGUACCUUGCUCAAACUCAGCCACCACCACCCGGUGUUCAGUGACGUUUUCCGUGAAGUGGGGCUUCUUGAGGUGCUCGUCAACCUGCUCCACAAAUAUGCAGCGCUGCUGAAAGACCCCACACAAACUCAUGGAGAACACGGUGAUUCCAAGAACAACGUGGCGGAUGAUCAGAAGCAGUUAGCUUGGCUCGUCAUGGAGACUCUCACAGUUCUUCUUCAGGGCUCCAACACCAACGCAGGUUUGUUUCGGGAGUUCGGUGGUGCCCGUUGUGUCCACAACAUUGUGAAGUACCGGCAGUGUCGAGAGCAUGCCCUGAUGAUCAUCCAGCAGCUGGUGCUCUCUCCCUCCGGAGACGACGACAUGGGGACACUGCUGGGCCUCAUGCACUCUGCCCCCUCCACAGAGCUGCAGCUCAAAACUGACAUACUGCGGGCGCUGCUCGCAGUCCUCCGGGAGAGUCACCGCACCCGCACCGUCUUCCGCAAGGUGGGCGGCUUUGUGUACGUGACCUCUCUGCUGGUGGCCAUGGAGCGCUCGCUGGGCUCACAGCCGGCUGGCAGCUGGGAAAAGGUCAACCAGAACCAGGUCUUCGAGCUCCUCCACACCGUCUUCUGCACUCUGACGGCCGCCAUGCGCUACGAACCCGCCAACUCGCACUUCUUCCGCAGCGAGAUCCAGUACGAGAAGCUGGCCGACGCUGUGCGUCUGCUGGGCUGCUUCUGCGAUGCCAAGAAACUGGUGGUGGCCACCGCUUUCCCCUCGAACGCUCAGCCGUUCCAGAGGCUGCUGGAGGAUGAGGUGGUUCCGGCAGAAAGUGUGUGCCCCACACUGAAGCACUGCAGCAAGCUCUUCAUCUAUCUGUACAAGAUGGCUACAGACUCCUUCGACAGUCGUGCGGAGCAGGUGCCCCCCUGCCUGACUCACGAGACCUCACUCCCCUCUCCUUGGGGCACGCCAGCACUCGCCAGGAAGAGACACGGCUACCACAGUUCCUCCUCCAACUCCACGGCUCCAGUCAAAGCCAUUACAGACUUGAAGCUCUACCUGGGGAACCCCUCUCAGCACCCCUCAGACCCUGUAGUCAUUCAUCCAGGAGCUGUACUGGCCAUGUUGGAUCUGCUAGCCUCCGUCAGCUCAGACGCCCAACCUGAGCAUGCACUGGACCUGCAGCUAGCGGUGGCAAACAUCCUGCAGGUGCUGGUUCACUCUGAGCGGAAUCAGCAGAUCCUCUGUGAGGCUGGCCUGCACUCACGGCUGCUGCAGCGCUGCAGCUGUGCCAUGGGGGACGAGGACCACCCGCUCCACCCACCACUGCAGAGAAUGUUCGAGCGGUUGGCCUCGCAGGCCCUGCAGCCCAUGGUGCUCCGGGAGUUUCUGCGGCUGGGGAAUCCUCUGAACUGCGGUGCCUGGGACAAAAAGCUGCUGAAACAGUAUCGGGUCCACAAGCCAAGCUCUUUGAGUUACGAGGCGGAGGCAAGAAACAGCAUGACCACGUCUAUGGAGGGCUUUGGGCCGGACAGUGUGUUUGCCGUAAAUGAAGACAACAGCCAGUACCGGAUCAGCCGCAGUUUGGUGCGCUCGGCCGAAGGCAGCACGGUACCCCUGACCCGCGUCAAGUGCCUGGUCUCUAUGACAACUCCGCACGACAUCCGCCUGCACGGCUCCGCGGUCACGCCCGCCUUCGUGGAGUUCGACUCGUCUCUGGAGGGAUUUGGAUGCUUGUUUUUGCCCAGUCUGGCUCCUCACAAUGCAUCGUCCAACAACGCCAACACAUCUGGAGUGAGUGACGGGGCUGUGGUCAGUGGAAUGGGAACUGGUGAACGUCUGUUUCCUCCUCCGUCUGGCCUGAGUUACUCCUCUUGGUUCUGUGUGGAGCGCUUCAGCACUGCUCCUCACAGCCACCCGGUGAGGCUGUUAACGGUGGUCCGGAGGGCCACUGCGUCCGAGCAGCACUAUGUCUGCCUGGCGAUCGUCCUCUCAGCUAAAGAUCGCUCGCUCGUGGUGUCCACUAAGGAGGAGCUGCUGCAGAGCUAUGCGGAUGACUUCAGCGAGGAAUCUUCCUUCUACGAGAUCCUGCCCUGCUGCGCCCGCUUCCGCUGCGCUGACCUCAUCACCGAGGGACAGUGGCACCACCUGGUGUUGGUCAUGAGCAAAGGGAUGUUGAAGAACAGCAUGGCCACACUCUACAUAGACGGCCAGCUGGUCAGCACAGUCAAGCUCCACUACGUGCACAGUGCUCCGGGUGGUUCAGGUGCUGCUAACCCACCGGUUGUCAGCACGGUGUACAGCUACAUCGGGACGCCCCCGGCCCAGCGCCAGCUCUCCUCACUGGUUUGGCGUUUGGGACCCACACAUUUUCUGGAGGAGGUGCUGCCCGCUACCAGCGUGGCGGCCAUCUAUGAACUGGGGCCCAACUACGUGGGCAGCUUCCAGGCUGUCUACCUGCCAUGCAAAGACUCCAAGACUGAGGCAGUGCCUCCGUGUCCAGUGGCGCUGGUUCCAGAGGAGAAAGUCUCCUUCAGCCUCUACGCCCUCUCAGUCUCCGCCCUCACCGUGGCCAAGAUCCGCAAGGUCUACAACAAACUCGACAGCAAGGCCAUCGCCAAACAAUUGGCGGUUUCAUCACAUGAGAAUGCCACUCCGGUCAAGCUCAUCCACAAUGCUGCAGGACAUCUCAACGGCCCAGCCAGGACCAUCGGAGCUGCUGUCAUCGGCUACCUGGGCGUAAGAGCCUUCGUUCCCAAGCCAGUGGCCACCAACCUGCAGUACGUUGGAGGAGCUGCCGCCAUCCUGGGGCUGGUGGCCAUGGCCUCGGAUGUGGAGGGGUUGUAUGCAGCCGUAAAGGCGCUGGUGUGUGUCGUCAAGAGCAACCCGCUGGCCUGCAAAGAGAUGGAGCGGAUCAAAGGCUACCAGCUGCUGGCCAUGCUUCUGAAGAAGAAGCGCUUGCUCCUGAACAGCCACAUCCUGCACCUGACUUUCUCCUUAGUGGGCACGGUGGACAGCGGCCACGAAACCUCCAUUAUUCCCAACUCCACUGCUUUCCAGGACCUGCUCUGUGACUUUGAGGUUUGGCUGCACGCACCAUACGAGCUGCAUCUGUCUCUCUUUGAGCAUUUCAUUGAGCUUUUGACUGAAUCCAGUGAGGCUGCUAAGAAUGCUAAGCUUUUGCGGGAGUUCCAGUUGAUUCCCAAGCUGCUGCUGACCCUGAGGGACCAGUCGCUGUCUCAACCCACCAUCACUGCCAUCAGUAAUGUCCUCAGCCUGCUGCUGCAGGGCUUUCCCAACUCCUACGACCUGCUCCGGUUUGGUCAGUUCCUUUCCUCCACAUUACCCACGUUUGCAGUCUGUGAGAAGUUUGUGGUUAUGGAGGUCAGCAAUGAGGAGAAGAUUGAUGGAGGAAAUGAUGAUGACUUUGGAGGUUUGCUCUCCUCCAAUGUUAUCCUGCUGCGUAAUCGCCUGCUGGACAUCCUGCUCAAACUUCUCUUCAGCUCUAAAGAAAAGUCAAUUGUUAAUGCACAGGCAUGUGAGGAGCUGGUGCGCACGCUGGGCUUUGAUUGGCUGCUGAUGUUUAUGGAGGAGCACAUUCACUCAAGCACAGUGACCGCAGCACUCUGGAUCCUGGUGGUGCUGCUCAGUAACCAAUCCAUUCUGGGUCGCUUCAAAGAAGGUCUGUCCGGAGGAGGCUGGCUCGACCACACAGACUCUGUUCUCACCAACAAGAUCGGCACGGUGCUUGGCUUCAACGUGGGCCGCAGUGCAGGUGGCAGGUCCACCCUGCGUGAGAUCAACCGUGACGCUUGCCAUUUCCCAGGAUUCCCAGUGCUGCAGACGCUGCUGCCCAAACACACCAACGUUCCUGAGCUGUAUUUCCUGCUCAUGGCUCUCUUCCUGCAGCAGCCUGUUACUGAGCUGCCAGACAGCCUGCAGGUACAUUUUGACCCGGACUCCAUCUGGUCGUUUAUCUUUGGUGUACCAGCUUCUAGUGCUACAGUGGUGGGCUCCAUCCACAACGUCUGCACAGAGGCAGCUUUCCUGUUGCUGGCUAUGCUCCGCAGCAUGCUCAACCUGCCCUGGCAGUCUGAAGAGGAGGGAUCUUGGCUGAGGGAGUACCCCGUCACUCUGAUGCAGUUUUUCCGUUACCUCUACCACAAUGUUCCCGACCUGGCUCCCAUGUGGCACAGCCCUGACUUCCUGUGUGCUCUAGCUGCUGCCGUCUUCCCCUUCAACAUCCGUCCCUACUCUGAAAUGGUCACCGAUUUGGAUGAUGAAGCUGGCUCACCAACAGAAGAAUUCAAAGCUUUCGUGGCAGACACUGGCAUGAACCGCAGCCAGUCCGAGUACUGCAACGUGGGCUCCAAAACCUACCUGACCAACCACCCGGCCAAGAAGUAUGUGUUUGAUUUCAUGAAGGUGCUGAUCAUGGACAACCUGUGUCUGACCCCUGCAAGCAAGCAAACACCGAUUAUAGACCUUUUACUGGAGGCUUCACCAGAACGCUCCACCAGAACCCAGCAGAAGGAGUUCCAGUCCUAUAUCCUGGACAGUGUGAUGGAGCACCUCCUUGCUGCAGAUGUUAUGCUCGGAGAAGAUGGAUCUAUGCCCAUCACAACUGGAGGGAGCUACCAGGUUCUUACGAACAAUGUGUUUUACUUCACACAGCGGGUUGUGGAUAAGCUCUGGCAGGGCAUGUUCAACAAGGAGUCCAAACUGGUGGUGGAGUUCAUAGUGCAACUGAUAAGUCAGGCCAAGCGCCGCUCUCAGGGUCUGUCUCUGGACUCCAUCUACCACUGCCUGAACCGCACCAUCCUCUACCAGCUCUCUCGACCGCACAAGACCGUCCCUCAGCAGGUGGCCCUGCUGGACUCGCUCCGUGUUCUGACCGUAAACCGCAACCUGGUGCUGGGCCCCGGAAAUCACGACCAGGAUUUUGUGGCCUGCCUCGCCCACUGCUUCAUCAACCUGCACACCGGGAGUAACGUGGAGGGGUUUGGACUGGAGGCUGAGGCCCGUAUGACCACCUGGCAUGUGAUGAUCCCAUCAGAGAACGAGGCCGACACUCCCCACAGUCAGGAUGUCAGUGAGGGACGUCAGCUGCUCCUGAAAGCAGUGAACCGGGUGUGGACGGAGCUGAUGCACAGUAAGAGACAGAUGCUGGAGGACAUUUUUAAGGUUUCCUUGCCAGUCAAUGACAGAGGACAUGUGGACAUCGCCACUGCCCGGCCUGGGCUGGAGGAACCGGCCGCCAAGAGCUGGCAGAACCACCUCGCUCAUGAGAAGAAGUGCAUCAGCAGGGGAGAGACCAUCGUCCCAGCGACCCAGUCCAAACUCUCACGGGUCAGCAGCGGCUUUGGACUGUCCAAGCUUACAGGAGCCCGACGCAGCAAGAAGGAGAGCGGCAUGAACAAAAACAACCUGUCAGCACAGGAGACUUUCCAGUGGAUGUUCACUCAUAUUGCAGUGGUGCGGGACCUGGUGGCCAUGCAGUACAAAGAAUAUCAAGAGAGGCAGCAGAAUGCACUGAAGUAUGUUACUGAUGAGUGGGCGGGUAUCGAGUACGAGUUACUGCGUGAGAGAGGCCUCUGGGGCCCUCCUAUUGGCUCACACCUAGAUAAGUUCCAGCUGGACAUGACUGAGGGACCUUGUCGAAUGAGAAAGAAGAUGGUUCGCAAUGACAUGUUCUAUAUCCACUACCCCUAUGUGCCUGACUUUGAGCCCAACAACAGCUCUCAGAAUCCUCCUCCAGUGCCCUUGCUGGGGGCAGCAGGCUGCAUCCCAGUCCAGAAGCCGAUGCGCUAUCGGAGAGCCAUCAGUUACGACAGUAAGGAGUACUUCAUGCGCUUACUGUCUGGAAACCCAGGCAUGUACCAGCACUCCAUUCAGCAGAGCACGGAGGGAGAGACCACUCAGCAGGAGCCUGAGCACGGGGAGGACACCAUCGCAAGGGUAAAAGGUCUUGUAAAAGCUCCCCUGAAGCGCUCACGAUCCACAGCAGACGGUGGUGAUGAGGAUAGCCAGGAGCAGCUACAGGAGCUCCUGGAGUCUGGAGCCAUGGAUGAAGAGCAGAAAACUGACAACACCACCCUGCUCCGCUUGCUGGAAGAGGGGGAGAAGAUUCAGCACAUGUACCGCUGUGCACGAGUGCAAGGCUUGGACACCAGUGAGGGGCUGCUUCUUUUCGGGAAAGAGCAUUUCUACGUUAUUGAUGGCUUCACCAUGACGGUCACCAGAGAGAUCAGGGACAUUGAGACACUUCCUGCAAACCUGCACGAGCCGAUUAUCCCCAGAGGGGCCCGACAGAGCCAGAGUCAGCUGAAGAGAUCCUGCAGUAUCUUCGCAUACGAGGAUAUUAAAGAGGUGCACAAGCGCCGCUACCUGCUGCAGCCAAUGGCAGUGGAGGUGUUUUCAGGCGAUGGGCGAAAUUACCUCCUGGCUUUCCAGAAGGGUGUCAGAAAUAAAGUCUAUCAGAGGUUUCUGGCAGUUGUCCCCUCCCUCGCAGACAGCUCCGAAUCAGUCUCAGGACAGCGGCCCAACACCAGCGUAGAGCAGGGGUCUGGGCUUCUCAGCACUUUGGUUGGAGAGAAAUCUGUAACACAAAGAUGGGAGAGAGGAGAGAUCAGCAACUUCCAGUAUCUAAUGCACCUGAACACGCUGGCCGGCAGGUCCUACAACGACUUAAUGCAGUACCCAGUCUUCCCCUGGAUCCUCGCAGACUACGACGCAGAGGAACUGGAUCUGAAUAAUCCCAAAACAUUCCGUAACCUGUCCAAACCAAUGGGCGCUCAGACCGACGACCGACUGAUCCAGUACAAAAAGAGAUUCAAAGAUUGGGAGGAUCCCAAUGGUGAGACCCCAGCAUAUCAUUAUGGAACUCAUUACUCCUCUGCUAUGAUCGUGGCCUCCUACUUGUUGAGAAUGGAGCCUUUCACCCAGAUCUUCCUCAGGCUACAAGGGGGCCACUUUGAUCUGGCCGACAGGAUGUUCCACAGCGUGCGCGAAGCCUGGCUCUCGGCCUCCAAGCACAACAUGGCCGACGUCAAGGAGCUCAUCCCAGAGUUCUUCUACCUCCCGGAGUUCCUGCUGAACUCCAACAACUUUGACUUAGGGAGUAAACAGAACGGCACCCGGCUCGGAGAUGUUAUCCUGCCCCCCUGGGCCAAAGGAGAUCCAAGAGAGUUCAUCAGGGUCCACAGACAGGCUCUGGAAUGUGACUAUGUCAGCGCUCACCUGCACGAAUGGAUCGACCUCAUCUUCGGCUUUAAACAGCAAGGUCCUCCAGCGGUGGAGGCUGUCAAUGUGUUCCAUCACCUCUUCUACGAGGGCCAGGUGGACAUCUACAACAUUAAUGACCCUCUGAAAGAAACCGCCACCAUUGGCUUUAUCAACAACUUCGGCCAGAUACCCAAACAGCUGUUUAAAAAGCCCCAUCCUCCUAAGCGAGUGCGCAGCAAGCUGAACGGUGAAAUCCCUGGCAUGCCUGCCUCUGUCAGCUCCACUGCUGACAAGAUCUUCUUCCAUCAUCUGGACAACCUGAGGCCUUCCCUGGCUCCUGUUAAAGAGCUGAAGGAGCCGGUGGGUCAGAUAGUGUGCACUGAUAAGGGCAUUCUGGCCGUGGAGCAGAACAAAGUGCUGGUGCCUCCUGCCUGGAAUAAGACCUUUGCCUGGGGCUACGCAGACCUCAGCUGCAGACUGGCCAACUACGAGUCCGACAAGGCUGUGAUCGUGUAUGAAUGUUUGUCUGAAUGGGGUCAGAUCCUGUGUGCCAUCUGUCCAAACCCCAAACUAGUGAUUACUGGAGGAACCAGCACAGCAAUUUGUGUGUGGGAGAUGAGCACAGCUAAAGAGAAGGCCAAGACUCUCACACUCAAGCAGGCUCUGCUCGGACACACGGAUGCAGUGACGUGCUUGACAGCAUCCUCAGCUUACCAUAUCAUUGUGAGCGGCUCACGGGACCGUACCUGCAUCAUCUGGGACCUGAACAAGCUGUCUUUCGUCACUCAGCUGAGAGGCCACCGUGCUCCUGUUUCAGCGCUCUGCAUUAAUGAACUGACUGGAGACAUUGUGUCCAGUGCUGGCACUUAUAUCCAUGUGUGGAGCAUUAAUGGAAACCCCAUUGCCAGUGCCAACACUUUCACUGGCCGAAGCCAGCAGAUCCUGUGCUGCUGCGUAUCUGAGAUGAAUGAAUGGGACACCCAGAAUGUCAUUGUGACUGGACACUCGGAUGGUGUUGUCAGGUUCUGGAGAAUGGAGUUCCUACAAGUCCCAGAAACCCCUGCACCAGAGCCAGUGGAGCCUCCAGAUGUACCAGACUGCUGUGGAGAGGAAAAAAUGGAUGGGCGUGAAGCUCCAGAUGAGGACAGCAGCGAGUCUGAAGGUGAGGAGACCAGCCUGAGUCAGGAGCCCAAACCGAGCAGACCCAGCAGCCAGCCCGGCAGCGCCGUCCACAGACCAAAGCCGCGCCCUGGGGCCUCGUGGUCGGUGGACAGCAGCUCGGACGAUUCCCGCCGCUGGUCCGACACGCUCAGCAUCGACGAGAAGGACGGAUUUGUGUUUGUGAAUUACUCUGAGGGCCAGGGCAGGCCUGGACCGGGCCAACAUGGCAACCCGCACCCACCGCACUCCGCGCCUCCACACGUAGCCGUCCCACAGCCUCUGCAGCCCAGCACCAUGGAGGCCCGACCCUACAACAGGCUAAGAGCAGGCUACAGAUGGGAGAGACAGCUGGUGUUCCGGAGCAAACUCACCAUGCACACCGCCUUCGACCGCAAGGACAACGCUCAGCCGGCAGAAAUCACAGCGCUGGCCAUCUCAAAGGACCACAGUAAGAUCCUGGUGGGUGAUGGACGCGGCCGUGUCUUCAGCUGGUCAGUGAGCGAGCAACCGGGCCGCUCUGCAGCUGAUCACUGGGUGAAGGACGAGCAGGUGGACAGCUGUUCCGGCUGCGCUGUGAGAUUCUCCCUCACAGAGAGACGCCACCACUGCAGGAACUGCGGCCAGCUCUUCUGCCAAAAGUGCAGUCGUUUCCAGUCAGAGAUCAAGCGGCUGAAGAUCUCCUCCCCCGUCCGAGUGUGUCAGAACUGUUACUACAACCUGCAGCAUGAGCGGGCCUCAGAAGAAGGUCCAAGAAACUAGACCUCCCUCCCUCCCUCCCUCCCUCCCCCUGACUCCAACACGCGCUCUUCUGCCCCCUCUGACUCCCCACCUCCCUCUAGAGAGCUCCUCCUCCUCCUCGCCACUACCACCCCCUGUGCCAGAGAGCCAGUGUUUGUAAAGCAGUGACGUAAACUAAAAUAUCCGUUGUUUCAAGGAUGGAGGCGGAGCAUUUUUCAUUCUUUUUGCUUUCCUUCACGUUCCUACACUCCAUCAUGUCGACAUACGCAUUUUCCAUGAACUGUUAGAUUUUAGAAACCUGCGCGUAAAUCCCUCCUCCCCCUCCUCCUCUUCCUCCACGAUGAUGAAAUGUGUUUAUAUUGUAAAUAGUUACGAUGGCCUUUUUAACUAGAACAAGGAGAACGAGUCAUUAUUAAGAGAGAAAGAAAAGCAUUGCCUGUAACAUAGAGCAUUAUAACGUACCACUCCUGACGUAAAAAGCAGAGAAACUAAAACAGUUGUGUGUAGUUGUCACUAGUCACAGCAUCCCGGCGGGUAUGAAAUCGUGGACUAUGAAUGUUAAUAAUAAAUGUUUGUGGGUCGACAUCAUUUACCAUUUCUAGUUAUGCAAAUACUUCAUAGUUUUGUUUACAGUGUGUUGAAUUCGAGUGUUGCCCACAGUAUCAGAACAGGUUUGCCAGUAGCUGAUAGGAACGGCUGUGGAUUUUACGCUUUGUGGCCAAAUUGCUUUGGUGUAAAAUGUUUAAAGUGUAUUUAUGAGCAGCAGAGCAAAUCGGAGCAAAAUUAUUUUUCAGUUAGACUUUUUUUACUUUGUUUCUUAAAAGGAAAAGCUUACUAUGUUUAACAUUUACUGCUAUUUAAUAUAAAAACGUGUUGUUUUACUGCACAUCAAGGUUUUACUCUACAAACCUUUGGUUUAAAAAAAUAACAUGAGAUCAAACUGACGGCCCUACUGAAUAUGACUGAAUAUAAAAUGUAAUCACUGUUGAAUUUUGUAAAUUUAGGCUAACAAGGGACUUUUCUUCCAGAUCUAUUUCUAUCUGUAUUUGUUCUCUACUAAAUGUGUUAAUACCUAAAUGCCCUCUAAACUAACAGAAAACUGCAGUUUAUUCCAGAAAAGUUCACUUCACUAGUUUGCUUGAGAUCUUUCUUAAGAACUUUAAGGAUGAAAUUUAGAAUGAAAUAAAUUAAACUUAUUUCAUUAUCACAGCUUUUUUUUCCCAAGAUCACAAAUUAUUCAAACAAUUAAUUUCACGUAUUUGAAUAAACCAAAAACGUAUUGACCAUUCUCUUGAGAAAACUAUAUUGUUUCUCAGUUAUGUUGUGCUAAUGAAAUGAAUAACUCAAGAUCUUGAGGAAACAAAUAAAAAAAUUGAACUCAUUGUGGAAAAUGGAGCUAAUAUACAUAUAUACAAUAUACUUCCAUAGUCAAAUAUCAGCAUCUCUGUUUAUAUUUUUUAGGUUUGUUUGUCUCUAUUUAAGUGUGCUGCUUCAGGUUUGUAGAAUGUUUGUGAAUUUCUUUUUGCAUUCUCUCUUUACGAAAUUAUAGUGUGAGAAACUGAUGUUGCGUGAGGGUUGUUGAACAACUGGAAUCACGGUUUAAGAGACUGAGACGAGAUGAGACUGUCGUAUGUUUUUUUUUAUAUUGUUUUUGUCUUUUUUUUAAUCAUCUCUGUUGGUACUGUGGGCAAUACUGCGCAGAAAGUGCUGCUUCGAUAAUUAGUAAGAAACUUCUUUUUUUAUUAUCAUUAUUAUUAUUAAAACUAACGUUAAACACUUAAAUAAAUCACUUUUAAAAGACAGAAUGCUUCACGUGUGCAGUAGUGAAUUGUUCACCUUCUUCAUACAUUUCCCCAUUUCCCGUUCGCCGUAAAGCCUGAUAUGCACCCGUUGCGAUUACGGCCAGGGUUAUUAGAAUUCACUCACUCGUGUACUGUAAUUUAGUGUGCAAUCAGCUUAGAGGCCGGGUGGUUUUAUCAAUCCCGCUUUAUUUACGCACCUUCAGGACGUUAAAGGAUCACAAGGUUUUAUGUUGUGGGAUAUCAUUUUAAAGGGGUGCGUUCCUUUACAGCGAGACGAAAUGUACAAAGUAUUUAUGCAAUUAUAAUGUUUCUUUUUUUAAUGAUUGAUUAUUGUACUUUAUUCUUUUUUCAGCAAGUUGGGUUACUUGUUGCAUGUCUAACACAGCUGACUUUCUGUGUCAGUGCAUUGUACAUGUUUGGCAUUAUUAUUAUUAUUAUUAUUAUUGUUGUUGUUUCUUCUCUUUUUUUUUUUUUUUUUUCUUCUUCUUCACUUCUAUGGCAUUAUCGAAUGAGUUCCAAAGCCCAGAGUGUCGUGUACAGAGCAGCCAGCUAUGCUUGAAGGUGUGCCCAAAAAUCUCUGGGUCGUUUAGAUUUUUUUUGUACUCUAUGUAUGAAAAUCAAGGACUGAUCUCACACACACAAAAAAAAACGAAACAAAAAAAAAUAAUACAAACGAACACAAACUAAAGGAUUCUCUUUUUUUGGUGGUCUUGUGUUAGACUGCAUUGCUACAGUAUCUGGUGUGCAAUCUGUGGUAGCUGAAUGUUCAUUGUGCAUUUGUGUUCAAGUACAACUACAUGCCCUCCUCCCUCCUCGUAGAGUAAUCCCUGAACUGUACUGUUACUAUAAUGCAAUAGAUCUGGUACUCAUAUUUUUAAUUUAAUUUCAAUUAAAAUCUUGCUGUUUACCACCA